AACUGAGUUUAACCACGUCGAGUCUGAAGGCAAGAAGUGUUGGCAUGAAACGUCGAGACAUGUUGCUAAGUUUUGGAUUAUUUUUUCUACUCUUUCUUUCUUUUGGGCAAACGUCUCUUAUUCAAGACCUUGGUUCUGAAGCAGUUGAAUGGACAUUUGAGAACAAAAAUAAAUCGGUUUCGGGAAAAGCAACUGUGCCCGGUGGUAUUUUUAACGAUCUGCAAAAAGAGGGAAUUCUCAGUGGACAACUGUUCUACCGAUUCGGAGACACUGAAAACCGAUGGGUGAGCAAGGACCACUGGACAUUCAGAACAAAUUUCAAGGUUUCCAGCGGAAUUUCUGACAAGGAAAAGAUCAAUUUGAUUACUGACGGGCUGAAUACUGUCGCAACGGUCACUCUCAACGGUGUGAAGCUGUGCGGAUGCAAAAAUAUGUUCACCAGAUUUGUUUUUCCUGUCGAAAAAAUCUUAAAAAAGGAUGGGUCACCAAAUAUAUUGGAAGUGGCAUUUGAAUCGACCAUCAAAUACGCUGCAAAUAAAUUCGAGGAAAAUCCUGUGUAUCCUAGAUGUGUUCCUGAAUAUUUCAAUGGAGAAUGUCACGUGAAUAUGGUUCGAACAAUGCAAGCCUCCUUUGGCUGGGACUGGGGGCCUGCUCUGCCCUCUCAGGGAAUUUGGAAAAAUGUGCGGUUAGAGGGAUAUGAUAGUAUUACAAUUAGAGACGUGAAGUAUUUCGUGGAGCGAGAGCAACACUCAUGGAAGGUGAAUGUGAUUGCCUUCCUUGAGUUGCAACAUAACCAGACUAAAGAGGUUGACGUGUAUAUAAAUUUAGCGUCCAAUCAGAGGAACGUUUUUCAGCACACUGAGCCUGUUAAAAUAAUUGAAAUUAAUAAGGAACCGACGAUAUCGUCAUCUUUUUCUGUGUCUGAGGAAUCCGUGGAAUUAUGGUGGCCAAAUGGGAUGAAUAAAUCCCAGCCACUGUAUAACAUCAUAAUAGCCCUGUCGAAAAAUGAUCAAAUUCUCGCGAGCAAAACAAACCGCAUCGGAUUUAGAACAAUCAAACUGAUUCAAGUUCCCGUUGUCAAAGGAGAUUCAUCUAAGGGUUUGACGUUCCACAUCGAGGUUAACGGCUACCCCAUAUUUUCGAAAGGGUCGAAUUACGUGCCUGGCAACAUCAUACCCGAGAAAGGAACCGAUCCGAAACUGGCCGAACAUCUUUUGAGAUCCUCAGCUGAGGCAGGCUACAAUAUGCUAAGGGUGUGGGGCGGCGGGGUGUAUGAAACUGACUACUUCUAUGACUUAUGCGACGAGCUGGGGAUAAUGAUUUGGCAAGACUUCAUGUUCGCAAACUCACUGUAUCCGGUUGACGACGACUUUCUUGGAGAAGUGCAGCGUGAGGUUACGGGAACCGUGCGGAGGCUGCAGCACCAUGCUUGCAUCGUGAUCUGGGCGGGAAAUAAUGAGAUGGAGGGUGCCGUUCAGGAUAGUUGGUGGGAUUCCAGUGAGCAGGCGAAAAAGAAUUACAUCAAGUUAUUUGGCCACGUUAUAAGGGAUUUAGUGCUUGAGGAAGAUCUCGUAACUCCAUUCGUGGUUUCAAGCCCUACGAACGGAUUAAAGACAAUUAAUGACGGAUAUUUGCCCCAAGAAUCGGCGUGGAGCGGAAUAUUUGGCGACACUCACGUCUACAAAUACGGUUACAAUGAAGAUUUGAUGGAAUCCGGCAUUUACGACAUAGCCCGUUUUGUCUCUGAAUACGGCUACCAAUCUUUUCCUUUUUUGAGCAAUUGGCGGAAGGAGACGAUUGAAGAGGAUUUAAAUGACUUCAAUAGCAAAUUUAUCUCAAGAAGGCAGCAUCAAGCUGGAGGAACGCAAAGAGUGUUUACACAAACGUCCACUAUUCUCAUGCCCAAAUCUAGUGAAUCCAAAUACAGAGAAGCAAAAAAUUUGGACAAAUUUAUAUUUUUAUCACAGAUAUCCCAAUCGAUUGGAACUGGAUUCGAAGCUUUGAAGCACAGGAGGCUGCGCAAUUUCUUCAAUGCAAGUUCUGGUCAAGGUCUCACGAUGGGUUCCAUGUAUUGGCAACUGAAUGAUGUCUGGGCUGCACCCUCUUGGGGAGGGAUCGAUCAUGAAGGAAAGUGGAAGAUGCUGCACUACCACAUGUCCAAAAUUUUCGCACCUGUCGCGAUUUCAGUUGACGAUGAAAGAGGAUUUGAUCACAUCUCUGUAUAUGCAGUGUCUGAUUUGCUUGAAGAUUUGCAAAAUGUUGAGCUCGAAGUGAAAGCGUAUAAUUGGGGAAGUUUGGAAAUUGUGAAAAUUAAGAAGAUUAACAUUGGAAUAUUGGGAAAUCUAAGUGCUGCAGUUGUACUGGAAGGAGACGUAAAACACUUGUUGCAAAUCGAUUCAAAACUGGAGAAUACGUUUUUGACUCUGCAGUUGAAGGAAAAUGAUGGAAAAGCAUUAACUGAACCGUACUUUCAUCCUCUUCAAACGCUGAACUCUGUGAAUUUUAGUACUAUUCCUGACUUGAAGAUUUUAGAAGUUGUCAAAAAGAAUAUGGCGAACGACCCCUAUUACAAAUCAUUCUUUGAAAUUGAAAUAUCAACAAACAAACCAGCACCGUAUGUUUGGCUGGACGCAAGGGAAAUCAGAGGAAGAUUCUCAGAAAACGGUUUCGUUUUUACCAAUGCCACCUACAAGGUAGAAUUCCUCGCUUUGGAAGAAACCGACGAAACUGAAUUAAAAAAAGCACUCACAAUUCAAUCAUAUUUUGACGCAAUUACGAUGCUGUAAUCGAACUUCUGAUGAUUAAAUAAUAUUUCA